UUAAAAACUUCAAAUCCAUUUCAUAUAUUAAAAAAUAAUUAUGUUCAAACAAUAAAUUCUAGAUUACAAUGUUUAUUUUUUAAAAAUGUCAAAUACUAGUAGUGAUACUGAUGAGUUUUUUGAUGCUGAAGAUUUUGCAGUUCGUGAUCAAAAUGAACAAUCCAAACAAACUAUCAAAACCGAAAAAGAACUUUUGGAAGAAAAAAAAAAAAAUAUGACAUUCAAAAUAUCAAGUGCUCCCAAAUCGGUUUCAGAGCACAAUGGUCGCCGUAAAUUCAAUGAAAUUCGGCAGCACAUGCAAAUUGAUGAAGACGAAAUGCAAGCUGUAUCUCCAACAGAAAGUCAAGCCUCAUCAGCUGAUGGAGUAUUCUUAGCACCUUCACAUAGACCUAGUCAUCCUUUUAGAGUUAUUGAGCCUGAUGGAGCAUCUGUGCAAAGUAUAUUAUCCUUGGGCAAAGUUGGUCGAUUAUUGGGAAGUGUUCCUACUGAUCAUUUCAUAGGAAAAGAAUCUGCUCUACGGCCAUCAGAAAACAAUAAAUUAUCUGAACCGGACACACCUGUUUCUAUUGAAGAAAAACCUAUUGUACCUCCUGAACCUUUUACAGCUUUCCAUGAACCUGAUGUAAUUGCAAGCACAAAAUUUUCAAAUAAUGGUACUGUUAGUAUAGAUACUGAUAGACCUAUUGCCCCUCCAAGACGACGAAGACGCAAACAAAUAAACAUUUCAAUUGAAAACGAUGGUGCUAAAAUAGAAGAUAAUUCAAAUAAAUUGAAUAUUGAAAAAGAUGAAACUAGUGUCAAUUGUUUAACAAGUCCAGUGAGUACUAUAGAAUCACUGACAAGAGAAUUAGAGCAUUCGUUAGAUCUUCAUUCUGCUACCAAAGGUCAAUACAUUGUAAAUCAUCAUGAUAGAGAAAAACCAGUUCUUAAUAUCAUUAAAGAAGCAAUUGAAGAAGUAAAAGAAAAAUCUAAAACAAUUGCUUCGCAUAGUAAUACCUACCCAAUGGCUGGUUCAAGUGGUAUAACUUCUAAUCGAUCUUGUAAUCGUGUUGCUUCACGGGAACGUCGAAGAUCAGCUGGCGAUGAGCAGGAGUUAAGAGAUCAGCAGCUAAAUAUGUUUUUAAAAACUCAUACAGAUUCCGGGAAAAAAUUAACUGAUAUAGAAAUACUGGAACAAAUAACUGUGCUAAAUUUGGAUACCGGGGAAAGAGUUCCACUAAGUAUAGCUGAAGAUAAAUUACCACAAUGCAUUAACCCAUUAUCUCUACAUAUAAUGCGCUUAACAUCAGAAUAUGUAAGCACUCCAAAUUUAGAUUCCCAUUCAUUUAGAACGAAUUCUAUUAAGAAACUUAAAGAAUCUGAUGAAGAAAGCAUAGGCAGUAAAUCUAAUGAUACAGUAGCUACUGAACGAGAUGAUCCUGUUGAUGAAUCUGCCAUACGUCGUCGCACAGCAAGAAUCAAACGAUUUUUGGGUACUACUGUUAAAAAAACUGUAAAUAAAGCUAGAACUAUCGCACAUGAAGUAUCACAUGUAAGGCACAAAGAAGAUGUUAUGGAGAUUGUAGAUUUAGUAGAAAGGCCACAGCCCGCAACUGACGUUCCUAAUGCUCCUCAAGUUAAUGAAACAUUCAAAUUGAGAGCAUCAAAUAGCCAUAAAGGACCCUAUGAAUUUGAUUCUGUUCAGCAUGUUCAGGAAUUCUGCCAUGAACAUACUGGUCCUGUAUGGUGUAUGAAAUUUUCUAUGUGUGGUAGACUAUUGGCUACUGCUGGACAAGACCGUGUACUUCGAGUUUGGGUUUUGCGAGAUGCUUAUAAAGAUUUUCACGAAAUGCGAAAAAAAUAUGAUGCUGAUAAAGUUUCUCCAACCCCGUCAACAGAAUCUUUAGUUUCUCAACUCUCAGUAGAUGAUCAAUCAUUUUCAGCUGAUCCAGAUGAUCGUGGGCCAUUUAUGUCACGUCCAUUUUGUACUUACACAGGACAUCGUUCUGAUUUGCUGGAUAUAGCUUGGUCAAAAAAUUACUUUGUUCUGUCAUCAUCAAUGGACAAAACUGUUAGACUAUGGCAUAUAAGCAGAAGAGAAUGUUUAUGUUGUUUUCAACAUAUUGAUUUUGUGACAGCUAUAUGUUUUCAUCCACGUGAUGAUCGAUAUUUUUUGAGUGGAUCACUGGAUGGAAAACUUCGUCUUUGGAAUAUUCCUGAUAAAAAAGUAGCUGUUUGGAAUGAAGUUGAAGGACAGACUAAACUCAUAACUGCUGCUAAUUUUUGUCAAAAUGGUAAAUUUGCUGUUGUAGGUUCAUAUGAUGGUCGGUGUAUAUUUUACACAACAGAUCAAUUACGGUAUCAUACCCAAAUACAUGUGCGUUCUACCAGAGGCCGAAAUUCAACGGGGCGCAAAAUUAGUGGUAUUGAACCAAUGCCUGGUGAAGAUAAAGUGUUGGUAACUUCGAAUGACAGCCGCAUUAGAUUAUAUGAUCUCAGAGACUUAAAUCUGUCUUGCAAGUAUAAGGGCUAUGUUAAUAUAAGUAGUCAAAUCAAAGCUAGUUUCAGUCACGACGGAAAAUACAUUGUAUGUGGGUCAGAAAAUCAAUGCAUAUAUGUUUGGAAAACCCAUCAUGACUAUUCAAAAUUCACAUCAGUAAGACGAGAUCGAAACGAUUACUGGGAAGGAAUCAAAGCUCAUAAUGCUGUUGUAACAUGCGCAAUUUUCGCCCCUAAUCCAGAAGUGGUGUUUAGACAAAUGAAAACAGAUGAAAAUAGUAGCCAAGAUGGCUAUGUUUUUGUAAGCGCAGAUUUUAAUGGUUGUAUACGUGUAUUUGUCAAUCGAAUGAAACCUAAACAUAGUUCGUUACCAGCCAGUGCUAUGGCAUAAUUUUAUUCAACCAGAAUUGGAAUUUUUAUUUUAAUAUUACAAUUUUAUGCUUGGCUUCGUAAUGUAAAUAAAAAAACUUUGAUUAUUGAAAUAAAUUUUAUAUGUUAUUAAUUA